AUACCUAGUCUGGUUUACUCCGACUCUGACGGCCGCGGGAGACGGACAAUUGAUUUUAAUAACAGUCCGUGAAAACAAGAUUUGUUUAUUUUAUGAAUAACUGUAUCAACAUAUUUAAUGACAAGUUAAAAGUGCUUACGUUUCUACGGGACAAAAUGGCCCUACCAGCAUCGUUUUGGUGUUUUCUUCUAGUCCUUCUCAACACAUUGGUUCUAUUGCAUAGUAUACAGUCAUGGGGCUACAGGCCUCGUUUCCCAUCUCACAAGAUACCUGAAGAUGCACUUAGUACUCGACGAGCGAUAGUGCGGCGAAAAAUAGUGCUGUACCAUAAUUUCUUUCGCACUAAAGUUCGCCCCACAGCUUCCAAUAUGGUAUUAAUGUCAUGGCAUGCAGAAGCGGCACGGCAGGCGCAAGAGUACGCGGACCGCUGCAUUUUUCUCAAGCACAACCCUAUUGAAGAGAAGAUUGUGACGCAUCUGGGCGCUUGUGGUCAGAACAUUUUCGCCGCAGCGCAGAAGACACCCUGGUUUUUUGCAAUCAAAGACUGGUUUUUGGAGUACCAGAACUUCACGUACGGCGCGCCUGUCAAAAACCUGCGUGCAGUAGGCCACUACACGCAGAUGGUUUGGGCCACCACUCACAAACUCGGUUGCGGGGUCGCGCGCUGCAUCGGAGGGCCGUGGGGACAGUUCUAUAACUACGUGUGCCAUUAUUGUCCUGGCGGCAAUAUCGACGGUAUAGUACAAUACCCAUACCGCAUAGGCCCUCCCUGCGGAGACUGCCCCGACCACUGCGUAUCUGGCCUGUGCACUAACAUGUGUAUGGAAAAAGAUCAUUACUCCAACUGCGAUGAACUGGCCGGCAUGAACAUCCCAGACUUGUGCACACAGGGCGUGUGCAAUGCUACCUGCGCUUGCCAAGGGAAGAUACAUAAAAACUACCCGUUUGUCUAGAAAUACGUAUGGAUGUAGUACAAAGAAGAUUUAAUUAGGUACAUUACAUUUUGGUCAGUUGAUAAGUUAUAGAAGCUGC